GGUGGAGAGACCGCACUGUUCCUUCAAGCGUUCCUCGGUUCAUCUUCGCCUCCAUUCUCCAUUCCCAAUUCCCAAGCUAUGCAAACCCUAAUCGCCGCUUUUCCUCCAUCCCUGGUUCAUUCCUUUGAUUUACUGUUCUGGAUGUUCUGAGUUUUUGCAGGGUUUUUGAUCAAAUACGGCAAGUGAUUUCAAUGCGGACGCCAUGGAUGAAUGCCCCGAACUUUAUGGUGACCUUGAUGGUUGUCUGAAGUAUCAGUCUGUCGGUGUGGAGCCGGAUUGAUUCAGCACCAACUUUUUGAAGGAUAUCCCUAUAGUUUCGAAUGAAUGGAAACGCUCGAAGUCUUUAUAUUCUGAAACGGCUGAGCGGUGGAACGAGGAGGACGUGGGUUACGAUUAGAUGCCGUCAUUGAUCUUUGGCGAGAGCUCAUUAUCUGUGGAACAUGAAGGACAAAUAUCUGAAGAAUUUACUAAGUUUGUGGAAUACAGCCAUCAGAAGGUGAAAAAUAAUGUUUCUAUGAUUAUUGCACUUGAUGCUGGUGAAGGCAGUGACAAAAAUCCGAGGAGACAAGUGGCAUGGCUGAAGCUGAAUCCAGUUUUGGAAAUGAAGUUUUCUACUGUCCCAUCUGUUCUGGCUUUGAGAUUAACUCUGAAACAUCUGAAGAUAGUUUUCCUUAUUUGGAAGCACCUUAUACUCCUAAAAGGACAUCUUUGAACUCAGAUUCUUGGCCUCGAGUUAAACAUGUCAGAAUGAUAUCUUUCUAAUGAGUAUGCAAGAAAAACUCAUACAAAUAUGGUGAAAGAUUUUGCUCAUGGUUGUAUCAUCCAGCUGAGAGGAGGCAAAUAUGGUAGUGAGGAAAAAACUCAAUGUGAUGCUGAAUUAUAUGUCUUGGGGAGUUGUGAUCAGAAUCAAAAUUUGGCUGGCAAGAUGCAUCAGAAUCCAGAUGCUAUGUCCUUUAUAGAGAAAGAUGAUUACUUAUGGAUGAAAAAGAAUACGGAGGAUGAACACCACUUUGUCAUGAAAGGGGUAGGUGUAACACUGGCACAGGCGAAAGAGCGAGCUCACCAGAUCAUGGAGAUCGGGUGAAAAGUAAAUGGGCCACAAUAGACUUCAAAUUAUUGUUGUGAUUCCCUCAAAGAAUAGCUUGGAUGGUUCUACCAUUUACUGUGGCGUUGAUUUCCAUCAGUCAACCUAUAGAAAGGGCCCCCGUUCAUCUAAUGCAAAAUGCCGGGACUAUGACAAUAAUAACCUUUAGUGUUGGAGAAAGCUCUAUUUACACUGUAAAGAUUGUUCACGGUGAAAUGAGUCCCUGGAACCAUCCUAAGGUACUAUGACAUUGUGCUGAAAAUGGUGAAAAGCGAUUAUGUCGUGAUCAAUUGCCUCCUAGAUAGAACUCAAAACAUGGAAUUGAUCAAGUUGACAAGAAUUCUCCUUGUUGUCAGAAGUUUUUUUAUGACCACUUGUUGAGUAAUGCUAGGAAAAAGUUGCUAGCUGAAGGAUUUGAAGAGAUUGAUUCCAGUGGAUACCCUACAGUAGUCCAGCGCAAUUUUGGGAUGAAGAAGCCUGAAAUAAUGGCUUUGGGGCACAAAAAGGGGGUUAGCAUAUCUUGGAAUAGUUGGGAAGGAGAGGUAAAUUUGCGGAAACCAAGUUCAAUGCCCUGCAUCAAUAUACUUUUGUGUCUUGUUUAUAGAUUUGCCCAUUUGAUAUUGGUGAUAGCCUUUAUUUUUUGACAAGCAUGGAGAUAAUUAUGCCAUUCAUAAUCAACCCUCAAAAAGGUAUUCGCGAAAGCAUUUGUGAGGGACGGGAUAUCUUACAACUGCUUCAUAUCCAUCAGUUCUAAUUUUGUAGUACGUGUAAUAUGCCUAAUGUUCACAAGGAUGCA